AUGGAUGUUAUUGUUUUGCAUGCGCUCACCUUCACCUGCCGCGGGCUGCUCGUCUUGCUGCUCUCCGACUGGGUCCAGACCGACAGAACCCCGUCGAGUUUUUCCAGGCGUGACAUUGAAAGCUCGACAGACCAGCGGACAGUUUAUCACUCGCAGACGGCCAGCUAUGCAGCGGCAACAAAGGGUCUUCCACUGUAUAUCUUCUCUGCAGUGUUGUGGACAGUUUUAUUAGUGUUCAGCCUCACACAGCCGUUUAGAUUGACACACUUCUGUCUGCUGCGGCGGGUGGAGGAGAAGUACAGAUGUACUGCGGUAACACCGUGUGUGUUUCUGUUUGUAGACAGUCCUCAGAUGUGUGAGCGUGAGCGAGCGUUUCGGCUCGCUCAGAUGAGUUCACCCUGGCAGGAAGAGCGUUUCCUCCCAGAAUGCAGUGCAGACGGCCGCUAUAACCCCGUGCAGUGUCACGCUGAUACGGGCUACUGCUGGUGCGUCAGGGUGGACGGUGGCAGGCCGCUACCAGGCACCUCUGCAAGGAAUCGCAUCCCAGAGUGCACUGGGGCCGAGGAGGCGCCGACACACAGGAGGGACAGGGAAAAACCUCUGCGUGGGUGUCCCGGAGCUCGUAAGAAGCAGUUCCUACAGAGUCUGGUUAGAGCUCUGCAGCUCGAAGCAGAGCAUGCUGGAAGUUUGAGUCCCUACCAGGCCUCACACACCCCGUCCUCCAGUUCUCCCUCUCCAUCUUUGAACCCUCCACCCUCUACCACCCUGUCCUUCUCCACUCUGGACGUGUCUUCUCCUGCUGUUCUGCAGGCCGUAGAGGCCUCUGGGCCAGAGGUCGUGCUGCGGUGGCACUUCAUUCAGCUGGACGUGGACUCCAGUGGGGUGCUGAGCGAACGCGAGGCUCGACCUCUGCAGCAGUUCCUGCGCCAGAGGCUGAAGCCGCGACGGUGCGCCAAGAAGUUCGCUCAGUACUGUGACAGGGACCGAGACCGAGGCCUGACGCUGGAGGAACUGAAGGUCUGCCUGGGCCUCUGAGCCAGGUGUGUAUCCCAAAGGACUGGGCUGUAAUCUGACGCAUUAUUUGAUAAAUAUCCCUUUUUUUAAGCAA